AAGAAGUGAUGGAAAAGCUGACUCAAGAAGUGAUGGAAAAGCUGACUCAUCAGAAGCUUAGAGGAUACCAUCACCGUACCGUCACCAUCCUCAUGGUCCACAAACUCAUUGAGAAGGAAGCAACAGAAAAGCACAAUAAAGUGGUGACACUUGCUGAAAAGAUGGCGCAGAUUUGCAGGAGCAUUGACGGAUUCAUUCAUGAACUUCCCCGGAAGAAGAUAAUGGAAGAUGCAAAAAAUCGUUUGGCCAAGUUUGAGACCGGCGAGAAAGGACCAAGUGGACCUGGAAAGGUACUUAUGCUCGUUGGAGCCACAGGAGCAGGCAAGAGUACACUCAUCAAUGGGAUGAUAAAUUACGUGUAUGGAGUGAAGUGGGAAGACCCUUUCCGUUUCAAGCUGAUCGUGGACGAAGGUGCCGGGAAGUCCGAAGCUCAGAGUCAGACGAAGUGGAUCACGGCUUACGUAAUACACCAGCAGGAAGGAUUCCGUCUGCCCAGUACUUUGACUCUCAUCGAUACCCCCGGGUUUGGGGACACUGAAGGGAUCAAGGCAGAUGAUGAGUUGAAGAUUCAGAUCCACGAAUUCUUUUCCCAUGGUGGGAAUAUCGGAGUGGAUCAGCUUGAUGGGAUCUGCUUCGUUACUACACCCGUGAGUCUGACUCUGACGCAGGAUGUCCUGAAGGAGAGAAAACACUUGGAGGCGGCACUCCAGGGGAUCUUGCCACAAAUUAAAACAGCAAUGGCAAGGGCGGAGAGGGUGAGGCAAACUUAUUUGGCAUUGAAACAGCACGAAGCAGAGGCUGAUGCCAACAAGAACUUCAAGUACAAUGUCAAAGUCCCAAAGCACAAAAAGAUAGACCUAGAUUCAGGAACGUACGUGACGAACUGCUUAAAUUGCAACUCCACUUGCCAUUAUCCAUGUUACAUUCCAAAUAACAAAGACAAGGCUGGAUGUGCUGCGAUGCGCACUGUAGAAGGGACAGCAUGUUGUAAAGUAUGUCCCAAGAACUGCAUUUGGCACAAACACGUCAACAACGAGUAUCGCUUCGAAACCUAUGAGGAAGAGGAGGAACAUACUUAUCAUAAGUUGAAGAAGAAGUACGAGGAAGCAUCUGGGAAGCGACUAAAUGCCAAAGGUGUUCUGAACGAACUCAUCAAGGACUUUAACGUUGAGAGGACCAACGUCUUGAAGCUGACUAAGGAGGCGCACCAAUGCUUGCAGAAGCUCGACAAGAUUGCCCUGAAGCCCGAUCCAUUGGGUAUCACAGAAUACAUUGACCUCUUGAUUGAGAGCGAAAAACGAGAAGCCAAACCUGGUUUCGAACAAAGGAUCACAUAUCUUCUGGAUGCAAAGGAUAAAGCAAAAUUGGCGGAGAACCUGAAGGACGAUUUUGAUCCAUUAGAGGCAUGCAUGAAGGAGUUCAGAGAUCUA